GCUUCCUGUGUUACUUGAACCUUUGCUCAUGGAAAGAAGCAAAAUGAUUCCAGAGGUCCCUCUUCAGUUGGUGCUGCUGCUUUUACAGGUUUCAUAUGUGAGGGGUUCCCUUGGAAAAGAAGAGGAAUACAAAGUGGUGGGAGAGACACUCACAGUGAGAUGUCCAUAUACACCUGAGAAAUCUGAUCAUCUAGACAAAGCCUGGUGUAAAAAAACUGAAAAUGAACAUAGUUGUACUCUGUUAAUCACAAGACCAAAAUCUUGGGCAAAGACUGAGAACCCACGCUAUUCCCUCAGUUAUGACAUUGGUGUUAUAACAGUCAACAUGUCUGGCCUCCAGGUGGAAGACUCUGGGGAAUAUUGGUGUGGAAAAUACAACUCUACUAGGAACAUUAUUGAUAUUUUAAAAAUAGUUCAUCUAAUAGUAGCUCCAGCCCAAACACAGAAGACAAUCCAACAGAAAUUAACUACUAUUAUAGAAGUUACUACCAUCACCUCUGUCCCAACCAGGUUCCAGUUCAACAUAACUGAUAGGACAUAUCUGAUGUACACAAAUAUCCAGCUACCAGAAAAUUCUACUUCUAGAAGUCAGAUUAUGGAUCAUAUUGGCUUUGAAGACUUGAAGUCCCCAAAUUGUCUCCUCAUCCUUGUGGUGUUUGGCCUCCUCCUGACCAAAGCUCUGGCCUUCUUAGUCCUUCUUAUUCUCCUGUUCAGAUUCAGGCAUCAGGUUAAUGGGAACACUGGAAAAGUAACAGAGUUGAACAAACUGGAGCUGUCCAAGACAUCCUCCUAUUCUAUUCCUGAUGAGGUUCCUGAUGCCCCUAAUGCAGUCUAAGAUACUAAGUACAGGGACUUCACAUCUUACCAAGUUCUUAAGUACCAAAUGCAUCCCCAGAUACUGGAGUGAGAUAUGUUGAUAAAUGUUUGGCAAUCCACUCUCUGAAAGAACAUGCUGCACAUUCUUUUCUUUUCUUUUUUGCAAUAGAUGCAUCUCUUAUUCCUCCAAUUCUCUCCUUGAUCAUUUUUUUUCUAGUAAAUAUUUUUAAUACAUAUUGCUUUACAAAUUAUGUUGGGAGAGAAAAAUUAGAGCAAAAGGGAAAAACCAUGGAAGAGAUAAAAAACAGAAAAAAGAAUUGAACAAAGCAUGUGUUGAUUUACAUUCAGUCUCCUUAAUUCGUUUUCUGGAUGCAGAUGGCAUUUUUUGAUUAAAGUCUAUUGGAUUGCUUUGGAUCACUGAACCACUAAGAAGAACGAAGUCUUUCAUAGCUAAUCAUUGCACAUUCUUGCUGUUAUUGUAUACAGUGGAUUUCUGGUUCUGCUGUUUCACUCAGCAUCAGUUUAUGUAAAUCUUCCCAGGCCUUUCCAAAAUCUUCUUGUUUAUCAUUUUUUAUAGAACAAUAACAUUCCAUUACCUUCAUAUACCACAACUCGUUCAGCCCAUGCUGCACUUUCAAUUUAAUCUAUAUCAUUAGUGUUGCAACAUUGUAUUAAGUUUUGACAAUCAACAAAAUAAUAAAUCCAGUCCUUAUUUGUCA